UUAGCAGGAAUACUGUAAAUAGAGCCUUAUGAAAAUCGACUUAAAAGAUGACAAAUAUUAUGGAAGUACUAACAACCACACCCCCAAAGCAGCAUUCAGAAUCGUCAGCAAGUGUGCUGUACAUAAUAUUUCUAUUGAUGAAUGUCAUCGUAGCAGCCCAGAUAGUGCUUUGUGUCCUGUUUGCAUAUAAGUUUUGCAGAGCAAAGUUUAGACCCGACCCUCCCCCAUACACGCCUCCACUUGUAACUGAAGAGCCUGUUGAACAACCACCAYCCUACAUGACACUAGUCAAUGAACAGCUGCACGGAUACGAAUCGGUUGAACCAUCUACUACGCAUGAGCCACAGUUGACCGAAAUAAGAGAACGAUGACGAUGGCGUUACGAAAAGUGCGGAAAARCAAGACUAAAAAUAUUAAAAUGUCGUGUGUACUAGGUAAAUUGUUUAAAGGCCCAGUGUGCACAAUUAUGCUUUGGGGCCCUCGGGCGG